GUUUGACAUUUUUGACAUAUUUGGAUUGUCCGACGGAUUUUCCGAUUAUCAAACCCACACCACAAUUAAAUUAUCACCGUAACAGAGUCAAUUGGUAAUUUAAAUCCCGUCAGAGAUCCUCAUUGUCACAAAUGUCACCAUUGGCCUUAUAUUCAAGAUAAAUCUUCACGUUUGCCAAACUAUAUUUUUGGCGACAAAAUAGGCCAGUAAAUUUUUCAAUGUUGUUCCACUCGGAAAACGAUUCUCGUUCGGUUUAUGUGAAUGAUUCACCAAUGAUGACGAAAAUUAAAACAAAUAUAAACCAGUUGGGAUAAGAAUCUGAGGUUAGAUAAGAGGAAAUAUAUCUCUCACAAGGGGUCCAUUUUUAAGUAACCAUGAUGGAGUUAAGUCACAGUUUGACUCUCAAUGAGGAUGCUCUCAAUCAAAUCCCGGAAGCAAAGCGUCCAGUUUUUGUUUUUGAGUGGCUGCGAUUUUUGGAAAAAGUUUUGAUAGCAGCUCAGAAGAAUGACAUCAAAGGAUGUCAACAGAAACUGGUGGAACAGUUGACCAAGCACAUGCAAGGAGCGCCCGGACCUCCAACACGUCGACUAAUAGCACGAUGUCUUGCAACUUUAUUCAGCGUCGGAGACACAUUUUUACUUUUCGAUACCGUCAACAAAUGCAACGACAUUCUCAAGAACAAAGACGAUUCCCCGAGCUUCCUGCCAACAAAAUUGGCUGCCAUAUGUUGUGUCGGUUGUAUGUAUGAAAAAUUGGGAAGAAUGAUGGGUCGAUCAUAUGAAGAAACUGUUCAGAUUUUGAUCAAAUCCCUCCGCUCGGCAGAAUCUCAAACAAGAAUUGAGAUUAUGCAUACUCUGGAAAAGGUUUGUGCUGGAAUGGGAUCAGCAAUUACCAACGUCCAUAAAGAAAUAUACAAAGUAUGCCGGCAUUGUUUGACUGAUAGAGUUAUGGCUGUCAGAUGUGCGGCCGCUAAGUGUCUUCUUGAAAUGCUGAAUCACGCACCAUUUUUAUACACAACGGAAAUUGAAAGUGUAGCCACUCUUUGCUUCCGGGCAUUCGAAGGAUCGAAUUAUGAAGUUAGAUGUUCGGUUGCCAAACUUUUAGGAGCGCUUGUCGCAAUGACUCAGAUUCCACCUCCCAAGGGACAAAAUCCGUCAGCUUCUUCAAGUAAAUCGAACAAACAAAUAUCACUGGAAGAAGUAUUAAAUAUAUUACUUGCGGGAUUUUUGAGAGGUGGUGUAGGUUUCUUGAAAGGAACUGGUGAAAUAAUUAAAGGGAGUUCUGGUGUGAAUAGAGAAGUGAGAGUAGGCGUAACUCAUGCUUAUGUAGUAUUUGUUCAAAUACUGGGUGGCACAUGGCUCGAACGAAAUAUCGGACCCCUAGUAGCUCAUGUUUUGGAUCUCGUUGCAAAUCCAAAAGCAGCCAGUUCCCACGUCGAUGCGGUUUAUUCAAGAAAAUGUAUCAAUUUUAUUCUUCGGGGUACUAUCGGAAAAUUGUUGGGAGAAGGCGCUCAGGCUGCUGCUUGCAAGGAAAUAGCACAUAUCAUUUUGAAGCAAAUGAAUUCCAUCGAUUUCAGUCCCGAGAAUGCAAAAGAUUUUAAUCAAGAGACCUUGUUCAGUCAGCAUUUAUUGGUUUGCGCUUUGCAAGAGAUGGGUAAUUUAAUUUUGGGACUUGGUACAACCGCCUCGAAUCUCCUGUCGGAUCAAUCUUUGAAUAUAAUCGACACUGUGAUGGCGGUAUUGGUUCAUCCGUGUCAGGCAGCUCGACUUGCAGCAGCUUGGUGUUUGCGCUGCAUUUGCGUAGCCGUUCCGAGUCAGAUAACACCUCUGAUUGACCGAUGUGUCGAAGGAAUAGAAAAUAUGCGAAGUUCUCCAGAAGCAAUUACAGGAUACAGUAGUGCUUUGGCGGCUGUUUUAGGAAGUGUUCGAUUAUCUCCACUCGGGGUACCUCACACUAAAGGAAAGAUAAUAUUCAACACUGCUGAAGAAUUAUUGCGAAGUGCGAGUCAAAAUAGUCGAUUAUCCUUGAAUAGAACACACGCAGGCUGGCUUCUGAUUGGAGCAAUAAUGACCUUAGGUACGGCGGUAGUCAAAGGCUUAUUGCCCAGGAUGCUCUUACUUUGGAGAAACUCCUUUCCACGAUCGAGCAAAGAGUUUGAGAGUGAAAAAGCGAGAGGUGAUGCUUUCACUUGGCAAGUGACUUUGGAAGGUCGAGCCGGAGCUUUAUCAGCCAUGCACAGUUUUCUCUUGCAUUGUCCGGAACUUUUGAACGAUGAUAUCACGAGGCGGUUACUUACACCGAUUGAAUCAGCUCUGGCAAUGCUUACAAAUUUGUCGACCGUAUUGAAAAGCUAUGGACAACAACUCAAAGCGCCAGCAGCCAUGGUUCGAUUGCGCCUCUACGAAACUUUAUUGCUCUUACCACCUCAAACUUUCGAAGGAUCCUACACUCAUCUGCUCAGAAUGCUGGUUUCGGAAUUCACCCUGACCGAAAAUCCAGGAAAUACAACAACUUCAAUGCUGCGCGCCGUCUGUCAUGCCAACGAUUCCGUUAUUCUGGGGACCUGGCUGCAGGAAACUGAUCAUCGAACAAUUGAAGACCAGAUGGAACCAAACAGAAGAGCAGAUUUGGAACAUCUGCAGCCAAACAGUGCAGCUGGUUCUGGAGCUCUGGAACAUAAUUCCUGCUGUUUGUAUCGGCCAGUUCCUCUUAACGAUACAAUUCCCGGUCCUCUACCUUUGGGAGUCGCAGUAAUCGACCUUUCCGUAUCACUAUUCGGCCAAAUUUUCCCUCGCGUCGCAAACAAACACAGAUUGCAAAUGCUGGAUCACUUCAGUGAAUGCAUCAAGCAUGCAAAGUCAGGCAGGCAAGAAGCGAUUCAAAUGAAUGUUUUCACGGCUGUUCUCAGCGGAUUGAAGGGUCUCAAUGAGGCCAAGACGGGAUUUGGACAAGAGGAUGUUAAAAAAUCUGCGACAAGUCUCAUCAUUAGUACGCUGGUCAAUAGUAAUGCUAUUUUGCGAUGGGCUGCUGGUGAAGCCGUUGGAAGAAUGGCGCAAGUGAUUUCCGAUUCGAAAUUCACAGCUGAAUUAGCACAGACCAGUUUUGAUAGACUGAAAUCGGCUCGCGAUGUUGUCAGUCGAACUGGCCAUUCUUUGGCGUUGGGUUGUCUUCAUAAAUAUGUGGGUGGCAUGGGAUCUAGUCAGCAUCUGAAUACAAGUGUCAGUAUUUUACUAGCACUCGCUCAAGACAAUUCAUCUCCAGUCGUACAAGUAUGGGCAUUGCACGCUCUUGCGUUGAUAGCUGAUUCUGGCGGACCAAUGUUCAGAGGCUAUGUUGAGCCAACUCUUUCUUUGACAUUGACGCUCUUACUGAAUGUGCCACAUUCCUACAUUGAUGUUCAUCAGUGCAUUGGUAAAGUGCUAGCAGCCCUCAUCACGACGAUAGGACCUGAGCUUCAAGGAAAUACAUCGUCUAUUUGUAUGGCGAGAUCGUCUUUCUUGUGUGCGUGUGCCAUCAUGCAGGAUCAUCAAGAUCCUCUCGUUCAGGCUGAAGCUACAGGAUGUUUGCAACAACUGCAUUUAUUCGCUCCAAGACACGUCAAUCUCUCGUCCCUUGUUCCAACCCUUUGCCGAACUUUGUCGAGCAAUCAUUUGCUUUUGCGGAAAGCUGCGAUAUCAUGUCUCAGGCAGUUGGCCCAGCGGGAAGCGAAAGAAGUUUGCGAACACGCAAUGACUCUUGCGAAUGAAAGUCGCGACACAAAUAUUGUUGAGGGUCUUGUUAUUACGGAAACUGGCCUUCCAGGAGUUUUGUUCAGCAUGCUGGAUACGGAAAACGAUAGUCAGUUGAUUAAGGAUAUCCAUGACACCUUGAACAGCAUGCUGCAAAUAUUGGCUUCUGAGAGUUUGUCACAGUGGCUGUCGCUCUGCAAGGAUGUGCUCACAAUCGCAUCAGAGGCGAGUACAGUGGAAGAUGUUACAAAUGUAAAUACCGAAGAGACGGUCACCGACAAUGAAAAUGCAGAUGCCGAGGGAGAUGACGAUCAAGCAGAAUUUCACGCUGAUGAAUCCUCGAAACAACGACAAACUGUUACUCCAAGGUGGCCAACAAGAGUUUUUGCUGCUCAGUGCGUUCGUCGUAUCAUAGCAGCUUGUAUGGGUGAUGGGCAAGCUCAUCUGGAUCUGUUGUUGGCAAAAGAAAUGCAAUCAAUCAAAGGCAGAGGUGAUUUUCUAGUUUUGCAUCUCUCCGAUUUGGUGAGAAUGGCAUUCAUGGCAGCAACGAGCGAUUGUGAUCCUCUUCGUCUCGAAGGUCUCAAGACACUGCAAGAGAUCAUCGACAAGUUUGCCAAAGUCCCAGAACCAGAAUUUCCGGGUCAUCUUCUCCUCGAGCAAUUUCAGGCUCAGGUUGGAGCUGCACUACGUCCAGCCUUUUCCGCCGAGACACCUCCUCAUGUAACAGCUGCAGCCUGCGAGGCUUGCAGUGCCUGGAUCGGAAGCGGUGUCGCACGAGACCUCAAUGAUCUUAGACGCGUUCAUCAGUUGCUGGUCUCGUCGCUCGAAAAAUUACGAGAGGGCCACUCGCUUCCACAAUUGUACAACGAAAGUUUGUCGACACUCGAGCAAUUGGCUAUUUUGAAAGCGUGGGCCGAGGUGUACGUUGUGGCUAUGAUCAAUGAGGGAUCGGCACCAGUCAACAGAGAAGGUUCACUUGGAAUUGCCAAGCAGAGCAAGGAGAAUGACGAGGAGGGCUUUGGAGAAUUUGAGUUCCAGAAUGAAAGCUUGUUGAGUUUGGUGCAGCCGGAGCUUUUGAGUUUGAGUCAGCACUGGUUGGCAGCCUUGCGUGAUCAUGCUUUACUUUCUCUACCUCCAGAAUUUAUUGCAGAAUUUUCAAGUCAACUGCCGCACGAUGGUGGGGCAUUCUACACGACAGAUACUAUGGAAUCUGCCCGUCCUUUUUAUUCCGAAUCCUGGGCCCCAAUUCUCUAUGCCGCGACUCUUUGGUUGAAUGCCAGAGAGUUUAAAAUGGACCUGCCGGUCGAUUCUAACACUAAAGAUUCUGAUGGGACAAACAACAAUACGAAUCUUCCGACAAGUUUAUCUUCAACGACGAAACCUAGCAAAAAUGCUGAUCGCUUCCAUUUACUUUUUGGUAUAUGUAUGGAAGCUCUUUGUAGUCCAAGGUCUUCCGAGUCUAUCCAGAACAUAGAGAUUUGCUUGAGCGCUUUGUACACCCUCCUCGACUCACAAUGGGCUUGCAAAGUUUUAAUGACUGAUCGUUCCUUGCCAAUGGAACUUUGUAAUGUCCUGCACAGAUUAUUGUUGACCCGUGAAACCUAUCCGAUUCAAAUGAUGACAAUGAAGGUGUUGCGGCAGAUUAUGAAAUCCGCGCAGGAAGAACUUGCCAGCAGAAAGAUGGCAAAGAAGGCUGAACUCUCGCCGGAAAAUGAGGAAACGAAGGAAAUACCGGAAGUUGAUUUGUUGGGCGAGGGAGGCGAAAAGGGGGAACUUACUCCGGGCAAGUCGUUGGUGUUUGCUGUUAUGGAAGUUUGUUUGUGUCUUCUGGUUCGUCAGAUACCCGCAUUAAAUCCAAAUCCAGGAGGAGCAACGGCUAUUUUGUCCCAGAAGAGAUACACACCGUCAGAGGAAAGUGGAAAACUGGUUGCUUCCGCUCUCGCUGUCAUGGAAGUUCUUCCCAAUCUCUGCUCACCAGCUGGUGCCUCAACGAUUCUACCGACUUUGCUUUUUUUGACAACGGGAGUAAUUCGAGAAACUGCAAUUCGAACCGACAAUGAUAUCAUCAGAACAGGAUCUGAAACAACAGUGCAUGCCGCACUACAUUGUCUGAAAACUCUUACAGUCAAUAAAUAUUCCAGGGAUCCUCGAAGUCAGGAACAGUGGACUUCGCUUCUGCAAAGUGCUCUUGCAAAAAUAAUAGACCUUGCAAAAGCUGGAAGCGAUGAAACAAAAAUGGACGAAGUUGCGAUGAUGUUGGGAAUCGCUGUAUUUGUCCUUCACGCGUUACCGGAAGUCGUGAGCGCCCCCAAUCUGCAAUUUCCCUGCAUCAAUCACUUCCGGCAAGCAAUUCAGUCAGAAAAUAUUUCGAUUAAAUUGAAAUGCGUUCAGACAUUGAGAACGAUUUUCUUGCAUCCAGAACGCAGCAUCAGCACGCCAUACAUUCAUGCUCUGGCACCUCGAAUAGUCGAAUUUUUGUAUAGCGAACAGAGCAAGCAAGUGACAAACGAUGCUGAAUUAUCUUUCACGCUGGAAUGCAUUUCAACGAUUGAAGGACUCAUAGCCUUGGCUGAACCUGCUAAUCGAGAACUAAUGCAAGGCAUUCAGAUGUUGACACUUUUGGUUCCAAUUUUGAUCAACUUUCUCCUGGAAGGAGAUAAAUUGCAGCAAGGAACAAAGUACGAGAUCAGUCUCCAUCAGCAGAGUUUUCAGUGGUUGAAUAAAAUAGGGCCAAAAUAUCCUCAAGAAUUCAAGACUCUGAUGUCGCAGUCAACAGAAUUGAAAACAAAAUUAGAGAAUGCCGUUCGCACGAGUCAUUUACAAGCUCAAAGGCUUUCCAGAUCAGCCGAGUUAGCGAAACCUCAACUUAAAGUACCUGCGCCUUCCAUUAAAUUGAAAACCGACUUUUCCAACUUUAACUGAAUGUAAAACUCUAGGUAUCUACUAGAGCAGGUAGAUUCAAACUAUCCAACCUAGUGACUAGAUUCUUUAAAUUCUAAAUAGAUCUUUGUGGCUUUUCUAGCCUUCGAUGAUGUCAGCGAUUAAUUGUUCAAGUUCAUCCAAGUAUGCAUAAGUAGCAUCACAUUAUUUAAUUUUAGUCAAUAAUUAUCAUUAUUAUUAUUAUUAAUGAUAAUAUUAUUUUAAAAUAAGCAUUUAGGUAACGUACUGUUUUAAACAUAUUUAUUUACAGUGAAGGGCAAACAAUAUUUGUCUCUAAUCAGGUCGAGUCGUAUUUGAGAUUUAAGCAUUUAGUACUUAAAUUAAUUAAUUAAUUGAUUGAUUGAUUAGAUUGCAUACUUGGAAAAUGUUUUUAGACAAAUUCGAUUAAUUGUAAGGAAAUUUUUUAAAUGAGUGUCGCGUAAAUUUAAAAAGAGAGCAUCUCAUUUCGAGGAAGUUUUUUUUUGUUUAUUUGGUCGAUAGUUUUCAUCGUGCAUAAUUGUUUUUUGUCGACAAUGCAUCAAGUGGAAACGAUCUUAAAUUAUAUAUUUUUUAUACUUGUAUAAAGGUUUUAAUUGUUUAGUGCCAUUUCAUGUAUGAAGCAAGAGUAUAAAAACUAUGUAUUUGACUGUCAAUAUCGCAGAAUAUAAUUAGGUUAAUGUGGAAAGAAA